AUGGGUUCCAACGAACACGAUGCUGAGGCCCUCGUGCAUUCUGAAGACCCUGGUCACCCAGCAAACCACAUUUGCACGCUUUGCGCAAAGUUUUACAACUUGGGCUGGGUGACAGGCACUGGCGGAGGAACGAGCAUACGCCAUGAAGACAAGAUCUACAUCGCGCCCAGCGGCGUGCAGAAGGAGCUUAUGAAGCCUACCGACAUGUUCGUCAUGGACUUCAACAGCAAAGAGUACUUGAGAAGACCACAGGUCCUUAAACCCUCGGCAUGCACUCCGCUCUUCCUCGCAGCCUUCGAACGCGGCGCCGGUUGCUGCAUCCAUACCCACUCGCAAUGGGCCGUCCUCGUGACCCUUCUCGUCGAGCGCGACUUCGGAAAAGACGCAUGCUUUGAGAUCGAAGAAAUUGAACAAAUCAAAGGCAUACCGAAGGGCAGAGGGAAGCAGGGCAACCUCGGCUACUACGACCGUCUGCGCAUACCAAUCAUCGAGAACACGGCGCAUGAAGAGGACCUGAGGGAGAGCUUAGAGGAGGCGAUGGAGAAGCACCCCGAUUCCUAUGCGAUUCUUGUGAGGCGACAUGGGAUUUAUGUGUGGGGUGAUAAUGUGCAUAAGGCGAAGACGCAGUGCGAGAGUAUUGAUUACAUCUUGCAGCUGGCGGUCGAGAUGAAGAAGUUGGGUCUGCCAUGGACGAAGUGA